AUGCCAACAGUUCCGUUUUCAUCUUCUUCCUGGGAAGAUUCUUUAUCUCUGAGCACAAUAUGGAAUUGGCUACAAGCAAGUUUUCUGGGAGAGUCUAGUUUGCCUCAGCAGACAAAUUUGGGGCUACUAGAAUAUAUUGCUCCGACUCUGCAAGUGAUCCUGGGGACUUUCUUUCUGAUUUUGUUGACAGUAGGAUUAUAUGCCUUAUGGAAACGAAGUGUCCAAUCAAUUCAGAAAAUAUUGUUGUUUGUAAUCACACUCUACAAACUUUACAAGAAUGGCUCAGAUUUUCUUCAGGCUUUUCUGGUCAACCCAGAAGGAAGUCUUCCAAUUCAAGAUAGUAAUAAUAUCUUCCUGUCCUUGGGUCUACAAGAAAAAAUUUUGAAAAAACUUCAGAUGGUGGAAAACAAAGUAAAGGACCUGGAGGGGAUGAUCAUUUCCCAAAAACCUGCCACGAAGAGGGAUUGUUCCUCUGAACCCUACUGCAGCUGCUCUGACUGCCAGAGCCCUUUGCCUACAUCAGGGUUUACUUCCACAUCUGAAAUGUGA